AUGAAAGUAAUUUCAACCAAUAAGUUUAUUCUGUUUGCUUUAGCUACAGUGGUCUUCCUCACACCAAACAGCAUGUGCCUAAAUGAAGCAAUGAAGUCCAGGCUGCAGAGCAGAGAGGACAGUGAUGAUAAAUAUUACAAGAUUAAAGAAAAUAUUUUGGAAGAAAAGCAGCGGAGUCUCGAUUUUGAUGAAAUGGAAGACUGGGGAUCAAAAGAUGUCGUUAAAAUGAACCCUUUUCCAGGAAGCAAGAUGCCAAAUUCAGUUGCUAAUUUGCCUCUUAGAUUUGGAAGAAAUUAUCCAGAAGAAAGAAGCAUUAAACCAUUUGCUAAUUUGCCCCUGAGAUUUGGAAGAGCUUUUGGAGAGAACAUACCUAAUCAUGCUCCAAAGGUAUCACACAGGCUUGGGAGAUCUCCACUUGUUAAAGGUUCCAGUCAAUCACUUUUAAAUUUGCCACAGAGAUUUGGGAAGUCACUGGCUGUCAAUCUGCCUCAAGACAUUCAGGAAUCUGACCCAGACUGUCCAGUGCGGGUCCCCUGCGGGCUCACAGGUCCUGCUGCAGACCCUCUCCAGUGCAGCCUUCCUACAUGGGGCACAGCCUCCUCCUGGCAUGGGGUCCCCCAUGGGGUGCAGGGGGACAGCCUGCCUCAUCUGGGUCUGCAGGAUGCAGGGGGAUCUCUGCUCCAAAACCUGGAGCACUUCCUAUUUGGAUGA